AUGGGGCUUCUUUUCUUUGUUAGUUACUUUGCAUUACUCGCCGCUUUCGCCUUCGUGACUCUGUCGCUGGCGAGCGGUCUUCUGUAUGUUUCAGAGCUCAUAGAAGAGCAUUCUCGACUGGCCAAGCUGAUUGGCCAAAGAAGCAUUUAUGUGAUUAUGGUGCUUCACGUUGUAUUCUACUUCACCGACUCGUUACCCCUGCUCCAAAUGCUGUUUUCACUGGCAUGCCAUAUCGUCUACCUCCAAAACUUCUCCUCCACAUGGCCCCUCAUCUCGCUCACCUCGCUAACUUUCCUGGCAUCGUGUGUCCUCGUCAUUGCUGACCAUUUCAUAUGGUUCUUCUACUUUGCUCGCCUGACGAGCGAAGCGAGGCAUCUGAAGGCUUACCGGGGGAUAAAUAGUUACGCUCCGGGCUUCACUGAAAUCGCCACCUUUUUCGGCAUCUGCGUCUGGUUCACUCCCUUGUUCCUGUUUCUGAGUCUGAGCGCCAAUGACAAUGCUCUUCCUGUAGCCGCAAUCGAACCGAGCUCGCCGGUACCAGGUUCAGCGAUACGAACUAGCCCACCACGCACCUCCCUCAUCCGCUCCAUGUUCUCGGCUUUCUCUAUCGAUGGUAUCCCACGUAUAAGAGGAAGACCAGCGCGGAAAGACACCUCCGAAGGAAUCCUUGCUCCCCAUUCCCCCACGCCUAUACUUUCUCCACUGCCACAUCGACCUGCAUCGCCCUCUCUCCGAGCAACACCAUAUCCUCCGCCGCCACCUCGGUCACCAGGCCCACGUGUUCAAGAAAUUAACGUACCACAUUCAUUGCAGAAUGCCGCUACUAAUUUCAAGUUGGACACUCCUCCAAGGCGUACGGCACCAUCACGACAAGGAACUGGGGAUUCGUUGGGAUUAGGUAUAACCAUGAGGAGAACGGCUAGCUCAAUGGGUCAAGACGACUGA